CUUAGAGUCUUUAGUUUAACAAAUUACUCUUUAGAAAGGCGGCCAAUGAUAAUAACAGAGGGAGCACCCUAAUGUACCCAGUAUUAUUUAUUUUGGUGAAACUUUAAAACCAGUUUGGUAGCUGGCAAGAUGGCUCAUCAGGUUAAGGCACUUGCUGCCAAGUCUGAUCACUUGAUCUGUCCCUGGAACCCAAGGUGGAUGGAGAGAACUGACUCUACAGUCUUGUUUUCUGACCACCACACACAUACUGUAGCACAACAUUAUGUAGUCAAGUCACUCCAUCUUCCUUGGACUCCAGGGACAGAAUUCACGUUGUCAGACUUGGCCAUAAGUACCUUCACCAGAUGAUUUGCUCUGGGUUUAUAGUUAGUAAGUGGUGGAAUUGAUCCAUACCCAGGGCUGUUUUGAUUAAUAAUUACAGUUCUCUAGUUAACCUACUGUGAUGUUCCCUUCAGAGUGUUCUGAGCUGGAGGGGCCAGGGCAUUAUCUGUUGAUGAAUCUCAUGGCCGAGACCACAGCAUUCUAGUGAUAGAGUGACUGAGUACCAGCGUUCGGAGAUGAAACAAGACCUUUCAUGUUGGGGUUGGUCUGGUGCUAUGCUUUCAAAUGCUAAAUUACUGGUUCCCCCCAAACCUGAUUGUAGCCUGAUUGAAUGUACAGAUGAGUACAUUCUCAGGAACACCAAGUGAUGUUGUGUAAACUUUGCUCACCAAUAUUCUCUGACUGGUUAAGUAAAGCUGCUGAUGGCCUAUAGGUGGGUAGAAGAGAAGUAGGUAGAGCUUUGGUUUCCAGGCUUGGGGUCUCAGAGGGACCCCAAGGCCAGGAGGAGAAGUGAGGAAGGAGAAGAUGUAGCAGGAGGAGAGGAAGCAGGGAAAAGAAGUCAUGAUGGGGCAGUAUGGACUAUGAGCACAUGGCCAUGAGAGCUAGGCUGAUGUUAGGAACAGAAGCAUCCCAGGCGGGAACAGUUAUGGCAGGUAACUUGGAGUGGGUAGCUGGGAAAGAGCCAAAUAACUUAGAGUGUUGAUGUCUGCUGAGUUUUGGUGCCUUAAAGCUUUUAUUAAUCUCUGUGUCUUUUAUUUGGGAACUAAACAGUCUGAAGUGGGAGGAAUAAAAAACAAACAAACAAAAAACAAAUAGAUACUUAGGAGCAAAGGCGGGCAUAGUGAACCCUCCAAAAAAAAUAAUUAUUGCACACUUCCAUAGCUAGGUGAUGCUCUUUGAGCAAUCUUAAGACUUUUUCCCAAGGGCAGCAAAGUCUGUGGCAGUGAUUGGCAUGUGCUGUUUCAUAUCAUAAAGCUGCUAUGGUAGGUACUGUAGUUACCAGGAAACUUCCCGUUGGGAAACCUGCUAAUGUUUUCUUAGUUUUGAGAAAUUCAAACAUAUAUUCUUUCAUUUCUAACCAAAUCUUUUCAUUAGUGGAACACUGAAAUACUUAUAAUUAUCAACCCAUAUACAUGUUAAAUUUCUGUCCUUGGUAUUUAUAUAAACCUGCAUAGCUGGACACUGUCAAAUUUUCAUGGUUGUAAAUAAUACUGUGAAGAACAGCUUGGUUGGAAGUUUUGGUGAAAACACUUAUUCCUUAGCACAAUUUCUUAGAGGUACAAGUAUUUUACACAAAAUAGGAAUGCUUUACAGCAUUUCUAAUAUGUGUUUAGGGGGUAUAUUUUGUCCUAUACCCUUGCUGAUACUAAAUACUACCUCCAUCUUUUUCAAAUGGCCACAUUUGGCAUGGUUGAGAUUUGAAGUAUAUUUGUAACAUCUUGUAUUUUUCACGCUGUACCUUCAGUCAUACUUGAAAUUCAGAUUUGUGAAAAUUAUUUGAGACUGUGAUGUACAAUAAACAUAUAGCAAGUGUAGAAAAGGCAAUCCCUCCCACUAUUUAUUUUUGAGGACUAGAUGUGUGACUUAGCAGAAUAGGAGCAGUUCUUGAAGUGUCCUGGCCUGUUCCUGCAUUUAGCUUGUUAGUACAGAGGGAAAAUGCCCAGAACAAUAAUGUGCAACAGCUAAAUAGGAUUCAGAAUAAAGCAUGGAGUAGACCCAAAUCAAAAAGCAAAGAGUGAAUUCAUCUCUCAUUCUCCUCAGAGAGCAGGCAGAGUUGGUUAGAUGUCCCCAAACCCAGUCUUAGACAUGUGAGUAGUCAUCUAAACAUCAUACCAUACCAAAUACACCAUUCAUACCAUAGCAUAUCAUGAAUAUAAUCAUUUUCAUCAGAGAGCUGAUAGUGCUGGCACCGAGGAAAGGGGCCAUGGGAGAGUUUGAGAGAGGGAUCCCUUUAUCUGUAGACAAAUAUUAACAAGCCCAUAAUCCUGGCACUUAGGUAGAGGCAGGAGGAUUGGGAGUUCAGUGAUAGCAUUGCUUACGCACUGAGCUGUAGGUCAGUCAGUGCUACAUGAAAUCUUGUCUCAAAAAACAAAUAAAACAACCCUCUCCCUACAUACAAAAUGAUGGAGCCAGGGGAAGUAGAGAGAGAGAGCAGAGGAACAGGAAAGAGACAGAGAAAAAACAGACAAAUUAGAGGGAGUUAGAGGCCAAGGGCCACAAUUCUUCGAGAAUGGCUAGCUGUAAGAAAGCCAGGCAGUCCCCGUGAGUGCCCAUGGGGGUUGGAGAAUAUUUCUAAUGUUCUGGGCAGCCCCUGAUGUCUAUAGUAUAUAGAUAUCAUCUAUAGGUGAGCAGGUAGUAAGGCUCACCUAAGCUGGAUGCCAGGUCUUGGGGUGCUCUGCCUGGUGCCAGGUAUUGCAGGUCAACAGAAUAAUUUUCAAAUUGUUUGAAUAAAAUAAAACCUUGAUAGUUGGUGCCAACAUAGUUAUUUUUAUUUUUCUUUCUCAUCCUCUUUCCUUUCCCGCUCUGCCUCCCCCCUCUUCCGUUCCCAUCUUAAAUUGGAUUUUCAAGGAAAACAGGUUAUGACAUUUAGAAUUCCUGGCAUCUGGGCUUGAUGCUAUUGUUUCCACAGGAAGAUGGGAAGGAUGAACUGGAGAGCACGCACUCUUACCCCAUUCCCUAGGUAACUGUAUCCUCACACACACACUCUCCUGAUUUUAACUGGGAGUAUAAUUAAUCAUAAUGUUCUUUAACAUCUUGUCACCUGUAUUCUUUACUCACUUAGCAUGUGUGUCAUGUGCCACAGCACUGGUGUGGAGGUCAGAGGGGCUUGUUCUUUCCUUCCACCAUGUGAGAGAGACCCAGGGACCAAACUCAGCUCAUCAUCAGGCUCUGCAGUCAUCUCACUGGCCCAAGUCAAUCUUGUUUUCAGGGGUUCUGUAGGGUCCUAAAACACAAGCAGCUUUGGAGGAGGUUCAGUCCAAAAGCUUCCCCAAGUCUCCCAGACCAAAUUCUCAUCAAAACUUGUUAAGAACCAGCUGAAGAGGUUGGUGCACUUUUUAAAUGCCAGCGCUGGGGAGACAGAGGCAGUCAUAACCCCAUGAGUUUCCCAGCCUGCUCUAAGCAUUGACAUGCAGACAAGGGCUGAAUAGUGAGACACUUCUUACAAAAGAGAGAAAGAGACUUGGUUAGAGCCCAAUUCUCCUCCCUUGUAAAGCCCUCAUAGGUUACAAAUAUUUGAAAAUAAUAUUCUGUGUCCUCAAGUUUUCUCUUCCACAAAACGCUCUUUUGUAAUAGUUUAAACUAGGUGGGAAUUUGCUGAGCACUAGCUGUAGGCAGAAAGACUGCUAGGUGUGUAUGCAUGGUGGAAGCCUAAAAGCUGGGGUUCAAAGUGGUCCCCUUCAGGGCAUUUAAGAUCCAGCGAACAAACUAUGAAUGGGCAUGUGAAACCCUUAGAAACCCAGUCCAUACAAGUUGCCGUUCAAGUGGACAACAACCAAAGUCAUCUCUAGUUGUCUUUAGUUAAUUGCUAAACGGACUGGCAUGAUUGUAAACAGAAAAUUAGAAGAGGGAAAACCAGAGAGUUGUGAGGAGGAGGUGGAUGUGGGAGUGCUGUGAGUUUGGAUGGAACUUGGAGAAUUGAAGUGAUCACUACAGGAAAGAAAAAAAAACACGAAACAAACAAACAACAAAACAAAAAUGGCCAGAGAGCAGGAGGGCACAGAAACCCCAAAUCCCAAACUGAGUUUGCUUGUGUGAAUGUUUUUGAGAAUAUGACAUAUGAGUGAGAUUUGAGCAAAUACGUGAGAAAUUAGUAAUUUGGAGCUAAGCAUGGGGUGAAAGAUCAAAUUUUCUGCACCCACCAUCUCAAACCCUCGUCCGUGUCCAUAUGAUGACUGGGGAAAGUACAGGAACGAAAAUCGCUGGUUCCUGGUUCCUGCAUAAGCUGGUAGAAGCCCGCUGAGGAUAGAUUUGGUGGGAGGAAGGCAGGGACGAAUCAAGCGCUUUCGACUGGCAGGCAGUGAGCCAGGCUUUCCCCAGACACGGUGCUUGGGUAGUGCGCUGACUAAUUCCACCCAGCUCGCUGCAGGAAGUCAGCCUGCAGCUGAGUAAGUGAAAGUCUGCAGGAAACCUGAGCUGGAUGAGCUUGUGGAGGGUCUCCACAGGCUGUAGCUUCCAGGAUGGACCACAGCCCCACUCAGAAGAGCCCCACUGUUAGAUUUAUCCCACAGUGGCCAAAAUACCAUCCAGAGUGUAGAAGUGCCCUCCUUAGCUAUGAAGAUGCACAGGAAGUUUAAGAUUCCUCUUUUCUUACCCAACAGACUUAUAAGGUCAUUUGAUUGUUAUGUUUUUCAGCAUGUCACGCAUUAUGUGAACCCAAUACACUGUUUUGUUUGUUUUCACUACAUCAUCCAGGCUAGCCUAAAACUCAAUUCACUACGUUGUCCAGGCUAGCCUAAAAUUCACGGUCCGCUGACACCCUUCCUGGAAGAGGCUCUAUCUUUAUAGUCCCUAAAGGAGCCCAGUUCCAUAAUCCCUGAGGCCUGAGAAGAGCAGUCAUGGUGAAUGACACAUGGGUUUGGCAUUCUUCUGCCUGGAAGUGACUCACACAUUUCAUGGACCAGAGCAAGUCAAAGGGUCAAGUCCCUGCUACUGUUGAUGUUGGGUCUUCUUGCCAUCCUGAGUAGUGCAGCAGCUCGUAAGAACCCCAAAACAGGGGUUACUGCCUCCGGGAAGGCUGGGAAUUGCCCUCCUCUGGACGGUAAUAGUGUGAGAGUUGACAUUCGCAUCUUCAAUCAAAACCAGGGCAUCUCUGCUACACAUGACUUCCAGAACCGCUCCAGCUCCCCAUGGGAUUACAACAUCACCCGAGACCCCCACCGCUUCCCCUCAGAGAUUGCUGAGGCCCAGUGCAGAUACUCGGGCUGCAUCAAUGCCCAGGGGCAAGAAGACAGCUCCAUGAACUCCGUUGCCAUCCAGCAAGAAAUCCUUGUCCUUCGGCGGGAGCCCCAGGGCUGUUCCAACUCCUUCAGGUUGGAGAAGAUGCUGGUCAAAGUUGGCUGCACCUGUGUCACCCCCAUUGUCCACCACGCCGCCUGACAAAGCUGCACACCAAACUCAGUUGAAGGAGCCGAGGAAAAGCCUGUCUUUAUCCAGCGCUCUAAAGCCUGAUCUUUCUGCUUCCUGCUUAGUAAGAUGUGCCUUUAUAAUUCCGUUGUAUUAGAUAUAGUGUUAACUUUCUGGCAUGCUUUAGAAUUGUUACCAGUCCCGAUAGGUUCCAAUGUCUUAAACUCCUGAAAGUGAAGGAGACUUUAGGGACCCUUGGCCCAGUCUCUUGGUGUUACAUGAUGACUAACUACAUUUCCUGCCAAUACUGUCACUUAGAUGCAGUAUCAUUCUUGUAGAGGUCAAUGAAAUGCUCAUAUUUCUGAUAGAAAUGAAGAAAAUUUAAUUCGAAUUUAUGGAAA